AUGCCAUUAUAUCCAACUCUGGAAGAUUUAUUGGUUGAUCAGUAUAAGGAAUCUGAAAAUACUACAAGCCAUGAGCAUCAGUUGCUAUUACUACCAUCACAAAUUGGUGCAUCCAUGCAACCAUCAGCUCCAAUUUACGAGCCAAACACUUCUAAUUGUUAGCC